AUGGCGACGACAGUGCGGCCACCCAUGGCAGCAGGCGCUGGAGGGUAUCCAAUGCUGACUCAGGGGGCCCGCAACGAUCCAGCACUUGCAAACGCGCUCCAGAGACUCGCCGUUAUGCAGCAAUCGGGAAUUCCAACAGACGACUCAAACGAAGAGGCCAGAAAUCUAAAGGCGUUUAUCCAGUCCUACCACGCCCGUCUCCAGGCUCAGAACGCGACUCCUCAGCACUCAGACGCGCAUCCGCUCACAAAUGGAAAGCCCCAGAUGGCAGAUUCGGCGUCGCAACCGCCAGCGGGAGUCCCUGGAACAUCGCCCUCGCCACCCAUCGCACUCUCGUUCACCGACACGCAGUUUAAUACGCUCAAAGCACAGAUAUCCGCCUGGAAAUACGUCCAGCGUGCGGCUCCUGUCCCAGACGCGAUCCAACAGGCAGCGCGUCUCAAUGGCGAGGCUGCUGCUCCACCAGGACGAAUGGUCGAAGAUCCAAACAAUAUCGAGCACGACACAUCUUCCCUCAUCUUCCCUUUCAAUGCCUAUGUCAGCCCAUUUGAGCAAUCUAAACAAAUCCAGGGCCAACGUAGUCUCAUGCCCACCCUCUAUCCGCAAGGACUCGAUAUUCUGCCCAUGCUGGCUGAGCGACGUCGCUUUAUCGACGCAAGAAUCGAGCAGCGCUUAAACGAGCUUGGUCAACUCUCGAGCACAAUCGGCGAGGGACUCGAGGGCCCGCCAGUGGACGAUAAGUCUGAGGCGUUGAAGAAACUAGCCCAACGUGGUAUAUUCCCUCCGACGACAGCAAGCGGCAAACUUCGACUGUUGAUUGAGCAAAAGGGAUUGGCCCUUCGUCAAAAGCAGCGCGCGAAUUCCGCAAGAUUCGCAAGCCCACUUCGAGAUGCACGGGCGACCGAAGCUGCUGAGCGCAGGCAGCGACUGGAACGAGAACGACGUGCCAAGCAAAAGCAUCUCGAUUACCUUCGCAUAAUUUGUCAACACGGCCAAAGGAUACUGACAGAGAAGAGGAACAAUCUCUCCAAGGUACAGCGCCUGGGCAGAGGUCUCGCCAAGUUCCAUUCGGAGACGGAAAAGGAGGAGCAGAGACGUGUCGAACGCAUCGCCAAGGAGCGUCUUCGUGCCCUCAAGAAUGACGAUGAGGAUACUUACCUCAAGCUCAUCGACACUGCAAAGGACACGCGUAUCACCCAGCUCCUCGCCCAGACCGACACGUAUCUCGACUCGCUCGCGCAAGCCGUCGCUGAGCAACAGAGAUCUGCUGGCGGACGGCCCAUGAUGGCGAUGGCAGAAUACGACCAAAUUGACGGGCCUAUUGACGAAACGGCGUUUGGUGCCUCCAAAUUGGAGGAUGCAGACGAUAAGGGCAAGGUCGAUUAUUACAGAGUUGCACAUCGUAUCAACGAAAAGAUUACGACGCAGCCCCGCAUCCUCACGGGCGGAACGCUUAAAGAGUAUCAGCUCAAAGGGUUGCAAUGGAUGGUCAGCUUGUACAACAACAAGCUCGAUGGUAUCUUGGCAGAUGAAAUGGGUCUCGGCAAGACGAUCCAGACAAUUUCUCUCAUCACCUAUCUCAUCGAGCGCAAAAACGAGCCGGGCCCGUACCUUGUAAUCGUACCACUAUCGACGCUCACUAACUGGAGUCUCGAAUUCGCCAAGUGGGCUCCUAGUCUUACCGUCAUUUCCUACAAGGGUCUCCCCAACGUUCGGCGCAACCUGCAAAUGCAGUUGCGAAACCAGUUCCAUGUUUUGUUGACCACGUAUGAGUAUAUUAUCAAGGACCGCCCUAUCCUAUGCAAGUGGAAGUGGACCCACAUGAUUAUAGACGAGGGACAUCGUAUGAAGAACACGAACAGCAAGUUGUCUCAGACGCUUACUCAGUUCUAUACUUCUCGACAUCGGCUUAUUCUCACCGGAACGCCGUUACAAAAUAACCUUCCCGAGCUUUGGGCCCUCCUCAAUUUCGUACUCCCGAAGGUCUUUAAUUCGAUCCAGUCCUUCGAUGAGUGGUUCAACACACCAUUUGCCAAUACUGGUGGAGGCGACAAGAUUGAACUCAACGAAGAAGAGUCGCUCCUCAUCAUUCGUCGUCUGCACAAAGUCUUGCGUCCAUUCUUGCUCCGACGUCUCAAGAAGGACGUCGAGGCGGACUUGCCGGACAAGUCGGAGCGCGUGAUCAAGGUCCGCAUGAGUGGUCUACAAUCACGAUUGUACUAUCAGAUGCAAAACUUUGGCAUGAUCGUUUCGGGAGCUGGCAAUGGGAAAGCGCAACAAAUCAAGGGUCUCCAAAAUGUGCUCAUGCAGUACCGCAAGAUUUGUCAACAUCCAUACCUCUUUGAUGACGUCGAAACGUCGAUGGCAAACCAUGGAUUGGGCGGAAUGGAGCAGCUUAUCCGUGUCUCUGGAAAGAUGGAACUCUGCAACCGCAUGUUGCCCAAGCUCUUCCGUUCUGGCCACCGAGUACUCAUGUUCUUCCAAAUGACCAAAGUGAUGGAUAUCAUGGAGGACUAUUUGCGAUAUAGAGGCUGGGAGUUUUUGCGUCUGGACGGAAGCACGAAACCCGAAGAUCGAGCCGAGUUGCUUGCAAAGUUUAAUGCGCCCAACUCGCCCUACAACAUCUUCCUUUUGUCUACUCGUGCCGGAGGUUUGGGUUUGAACUUGCAGACUGCGGACACCGUGAUCUUGUAUGACAGUGAUUGGAAUCCGCAUGCAGAUCUUCAGGCCCAGGACCGUGCACAUCGUAUUGGACAAACAAAGAUUGUGCGAAUCUAUCGGUUUGUUACCGAGAAGAGUAUCGAAGAGUCGAUGCUUGCUCGUGCUCGUAACAAGCUUAACAUUGACGAAAAAGUCAUUCAAGCUGGUAAAUUUGAUAACAAGUCUAGUGCACAGGAACGAGAGGCCAUUUUGCGUCAACUCAUCGAAGGAGACCAAGAUGACGCCGAGGAGUCGGGGAUCCUCAAUGACGACGAGAUGAACGAAAUCCUUGCUCGCAAUGAAGAGGAAGCCGAUUUGUUCCAUCAGAUUGACAAAGAUACUGCUCGGGAGAAUGAGCAGAGAAUCGCAAAUGGUGGUUACCGUACCGAUCUCAUUUCGGUUGAGGAGCUGCCUGAGAUUUACCGCACCGAAGAAGCACCUCGCCUACUUGAAGAGGUCCAAGCUGUUGGCCGUGGUCAUCGAAAGCGCAACAACGUUGCAUACGCGGAAAACUUGACCGAGGCCGAUUUUAUCAAGCAAAUCGAUGGGUACUAUACCGACGAAGAGCCGCCACCGGGUACGGCGCCUCCUCCACUUGCGCUGGCUGGAGGAAGGAACGCAAAACCCGUCGAAUCCGACUCCGAACCAGAGGCUCCGAAGCGCAAUCGCGUGCGUAAUGCCCCGCCUGGAUCCGCAAAGCGCAAGCGUAUUGGCAAGGCCGAAACUCCUCCCGAGCUCGAAGAGGAUGAAGAAGUGGAACGACCUGCUCCAAAACGUCGCAAGACUGGUGCUCCUAGUGCUCCCAAGGAACCGCCCCUCCCUCCUCACGUCCGUGAGCGUAUGCGCGAGGCAUUCCAGGCAUGUCAUCGUGCAGUUCUUGACCUACGGGAUGAUACUGGCCGGCUUCGAUGUGAGCUAUUCAAGGAGUUACCAGACAGGGACGACUACCCCGACUAUUAUAUGCACAUUCAGCAGCCCAUCGCCAUCUCUACGAUCCGUAAGCGUGUCAGUGGAACCUAUUACAAGAGCGUCGCCCAGUUCAAAGCCGACUGGCAUCUCAUGUUCAACAAUGCUCGCACGUACAAUACCGAGGGAUCAAUCGUAUACGAUGACGCAAACGAGAUGCAAAAGGUCUUUGAUGAGACACUCGACCGUGUCACGGCUGGUCUGGACAUUCCGAUGACGAAUAGCGUCAACAGCACCGCCGUCAGCGGAUAUGCGACUCCUGUAUCAACUGGCAAUGUGCCUCCCCCACCAGGUUCGGGCUCAUCCGCUGCUGGCCUCCAGGACUAUUCAACCCCACCUCGUCGGACUGUGAAGAGGGCGAUUGUUGACAGCGACGAUGAGGACUACAAUAGCUCGUCUUAG